UAUUCUUGUUGCAUCUCAGUACCCAACUCCCAACCCGCGUUGUCACCCCCAGCAAUAUUUACUCGGGCUUGCCAGCUUUUACUUUUUCGAUUUUAUCAAUUUCGUUUCUCUUCAAUCGCAGUUGCAGUAGUUACGUUUUUUUGAGGACCUGGGCACCGGUUUGCCUUUGCAAAAGGGACCUUUUGUAGUUUCAAGAACGAACGUCAGACAGAACCUUUUUAUUCGAAUUCAUACCCAAAUCAUACCCUCUCCUACGCAGCAGUCAGUCUCGUCUCCGGGCUGGGACUUCGAAUUCGAAAAAGAUUCAGCAGUUUUUCCGCACCCUGGUCAAGAGGCGCAAGCCGAUUGCGUUUUCUGGCCUCGGAGUUGCGGUUCUCUCCACAACUACACCAGGCUCAUUUUUCACACCCACGACCUUGAUUCCCUUCACUUCGGCGAAGAACCCGCCCAUCACAACCGGCGCCUCCGGCGAGAUAAUCACCGACUCUAUGGGCCGCUUUUUAUCCUGUGCAAAAGUAUCGUAGUCGUACUAAUUGCAAAUAUGCAUGACAAAUCUCCUUUCUAAGGUAAAACAGCAUUACAGAUUACACCUUUCUUCUUGCCAAAAUUUGUGAUGCAAUUUAUACUAGUACGAUACUUUUGCAAUGCAUACUUUUCAUCCGGGGACGAUUCGGACAUGGAGGUGGAGACUAUCACAGGAAAAAGUGUUAACGUUAACGGAUUUUGUGAUGCAGUAAUGCAUCACAAAACGUUCCCAAAUUUGUCAUGCAUAGCAUGCAUACUAGGCAAAAUCUGUCAUGCAUAUCUAAAACUGUUAGGCAAGAUAUGAAAUCCACCAGGAUCAUAAGCCAAGCAAAUUCCCUACGACCUAAAUUGAAUGCUCAUUGAAAUCAGGCUCUAAAUUUGUCGUUCAAAUUUGGAUCCAAUGCGAAAUCAGCAUGUUCAUACAAAUGAACAAAAAUGAAGCUCAGUCUAAUCCCACGCUGUAAGCUAGUGACGACCAACGAUGGUUGAUCGGAUUUCUCAUAAAUUUAGGGUGAUUAGAACAAAUUUGAACUUUCAUGCUUUACCCCCUUGACUGAGACGUCAGAGUUUGUGUGUUGUUUGGAGCCCUAAACUUUUCCCCACAGGCUGUNCUGUUAGGCAAGAUAUGAAAUCCACCAGGAUCAUAAGCCAAGCAAAUUCCCUACGACCUAAAUUGAAUGCUCAUUGAAAUCAGGCUCUAAAUUUGUCGUUCAAAUUUGGAUCCAAUGCGAAAUCAGCAUGUUCAUACAAAUGAACAAAAAUGAAGCUCAGUCUAAUCCCACGCUGUAAGCUAGUGACGACCAACGAUGGUUGAUCGGAUUUCUCAUAAAUUUAGGGUGAUUAGAACAAAUUUGAACUUUCAUGCUUUACCCCCUUGACUGAGACGUCAGAGUUUGUGUGUUGUUUGGAGCCCUAAACUUUUCCCCACAGGCUGAGACGAUAGUCACCAUAGAUUGAUUGCGACUAAGAAACACUGAAUCCCACCUAGAUUCUGCUUGACAUGCAAGAUGGCCAGUGUUCACACCGCCCGCGUUUCUUCGUCGUUGAUUGUCUUCACACCGUGAAAAUCCGGUUGACAUUCUAUCGGCACAGCCUUGAGCGCUGACGCAAGACACGACCAGUGCCAACACGACAACAACUACCAAGCCUGGUCCCCCCGCAACGAACACGACAACACCUACCAAGCCAGGACCAGAACCAAACCACCAACCACACCAAGACCCGCAGGAAGGUACUAAAAGCGCGAAGAAAAAUAGAGAAAAUUUUGAAUUUUUGGUAGUGUUUUUGAAUAGAAUUUUUGUUUGAAUUUGAACUAAAAAAUUAGGCAAAAUAACCCCCAGCCACCGAGUUCAAAUCAACCAACAGUGGUGAUUUGCUGCCGUGAUAUCAAUUGCUGAAACACGGUCAGAGGCUGUUUGAAAGUAAGAGAGAAUUUGUAAUCAUACACCUACACAGGUGCAAGAGAGACAAAGCGACCAAAGGUGCGCGCUACGAAGCCCGUAACCUUUGCCGAAGCAUCGAGCGAGGAGCAAAAAGGUACUAAAAAUUGUACUUACAUUCGGUCUGUUUUCUAAAAUCAUUGGAAAUUUUAAAUGCGAACACGCACGGCAAGAGCACAAAAAUCGCAUGUUAAUCCUCCCCAACAAAAACUAUUACAGUUUUGGGCGGCGGAUUUAACGUACCGAGCAGCAGGCCGGUACAAGAGCAAGGACCCGACAGCAGGUCACGAAGAAGGUACUGAAUUACAUCGGUUUUUGAAAAUAGAAGUCUAAGCGUAGUUCUGAUUUUGUCUGUAAUUGCAUCGUGAAUUCAACAAGAUGAUCGCAUGUGAGAUGCUGAAUACCAUCUGAAUUCGAUUGCAAAUUUCUUGUACAGGUAGCCGCCUACGCGUGUACCGAGUACAACAGACGACACAACCGCGACGCGCGUGCUCAUCGUGAAAAGAUGGGGGCGCCGGGUGAUGACCAUCGUCCGAGCACUUCCGGCACCGUCGGAAUGCUGUACGACGCGGAACACGAGGGAGAAACUGGAAAGGACUUCCAGACGUUCACGGGUAGCGUGAUCGCUCAGGCGUUCUCGUUGAACAUCGGUCCCCAGUUCAAAGAAGACUUAGAAGGAGAAGUCUGCGUGGACAAGUGGGAUGAGGUCGAUCAGUUAGCCUGCGAUCAGUGGGUUGCUGACGGCAAACACGAACAGGACUUCUGGCCCACCUACACAACCGAAGUACGCGCUGCUUACGCGAAGUUGUGUGGUGCAGUAUUCAAAUCCUUAACCGGAAAGGCCCGAGCCAAAGCUCAGGACAUUCAGGAAGAGCCCGGGGCUGGCGCGUGUGUAGUCUGGUUGAUGCUUCAGAUCAAGGAAAAGGCUAACCCGCAGACCGCCGGUGCCCGCCGCAUGUUGAUCAAGGAAUAUUUCAACAGCAAGCAGGGUGAAGAUGAAACCGUGGAAGAACAUAUUGACAAACUGAAGAACUUCUGGAAUUUCAAACUGGGCGCUAAAGUUACGGCCGAAGAGUUACGCUAUCACUGUAUCUUCGGGAACAUGCGCGAGGAAUUCGAUGAGUGCAACAAGCGUGCCUUGGCUAAUGGAUUCAGUUUCGAAGAAACCAAGAAUCAUAUGGUCGAGGAAGAACGCGCUCUGUCUAGCAACGGAGAGACCACGAAGCACAAAGCUAAUCUGGUCCGCAACAAGAAUUCUCGCAACCAGCAUGGCCCGCGCCCGGAUCACGUUCAGAAGAACCGUGAGAAGCAGAUGUUCUCCAAUAUGUUGAAGAAAGAGAUGCCGAGUCUGAUCCAGCAAGCCGCUGCGAAUCUGAUCGCGCAAAAUCCGAACUUGACCCAGAAUCACACUGCUGGUAGCAAUGACGACAGUCAUGCGGCCAAUUACGCAGGAGAUUCCAAGUGGUGUUCGAAUUGCAAUUCGGAAUCCCACAACACCAAGGAUUGCUGGUACAAAAACGGCAAUAAGGUCAAUAACAAGUCUUCCAAUAAGAAUUCCGGUAAGGGUAACAACACGAAUACUGUUCGCAAGGGCAACGACAAGCCGAAGGGUGGAGGUAAGAAAGGAAAAGGAAAGAAGGGUAGGAAAUACUGAGUCUUAGAUGGUGUUUCGAAGAAAAGUAGCUUGUUACACAAACUACAAAAAGUAAGAAAACUAUUCUUACGGCUGACGAAAACUCGAUGUUAUAAUACAAAUUAUUCGCGAUGUUUUUCAACUAAAUUUUUAACAAAAAUACCCCCCCAAAAGAACCCCCCACAAAAAGAACAACCACCUGGUGAUGAACCACCAGUGACUACAAGUCAUUUUGAAGAAGAUGAAUGUGUGUUCGACAGCAAGCUUGACAUCUUCAAUCCAGAUUCUUCAUCAUUAAUCGAUAUGGAUGAUUUAUUCUCGAAUCUCGAUAAGAAUGAAGAUGAAAUUUGUACCAAUGAUGCAGCUGGUCCAACGAGACAGCUGAAAGGAAAACGAAAAAGAGCAGAGCUGGAGCUUGCUGAGCAAUUUGCAACCCCAGAGAUGGCAAAUAUGACACAACAAGUCCAGGCUCUUGAGUCGACCGAUCGCGAAAUCCGUAAGAUUUUAUUUCCUCGAUCUCAUGUUUCGGAUGCGUCCAAAGCCGAACGAGUUGAGAAAUGCAAUCUGUCACAAGAUGCAGUAUUUUCAAUCGUAGCAAAAGAAAGCGAGCAAAAUCAUUCGCCCGAGUACACAGCAAGAAAGCUAGCACACCUCUACAGCGUUCGCGAAUCAGCAUUGAGGAAGGUGCGCGAGGCGAACGAUGCUCAUCGGAAUAAAAAGGACGAGCAGCACCGAAAUCAUGAAACAGCUUUUAAUUGUGUCGAUGAUGCAAUUUGCGACAGUGGCGCAACAAGUCACAUGUCGGGCCGACCAGAGAUUUUCGAAUCUUGGGACGACAGUAAUCCAGUGCGAAUAACUGUAGCAGACGGAAAAGAGUUGGAUGGCCCUGGAUAUUUUGGCACAUUGAAACCAAACGCACUUGGUUGCAAGCGUGCAAUAUUCCAUCCAUUCCUUCCACAGACCCUCCUCAGUGUCGAGCAACUGAAGAAAGAAGGCUAUAGAGUUGUUUUCGACGAAGGGGGCAACUACUUGCAAAGUAGGAAGACAGGAAAGAGAAUUUUUCUUCACAAAGGGAUCGGAACCAAGCUGCCGGCCGUGGCACUUGGGUUCAACGAAGAUCCAGGUGAAAAGGGUUUGUUGUGCGAAGAGAUCGAGACAGAGUCCACUAUGAUGACAAAGGCUGAGAAAAUGCUUCUUGAUCAUCAGCGUGCUGGACAUCGUAGUCUACCAGGAAUAGUAGUCCGAUGUCCUGCCUGCGAUCUCGCGAAAAGCAAAGGCGCGCAACAUGCAAAAGCGAAGAAAGAAUGCUACAAAGUUGAAAAAUUCAAUGACCAAGUUGAUUUUGACUUUACUGGACCGUGGGAACCUGACUACUGGUCGCAAAGAUGGGUGCUAAAUGCCAUCGAUCAAGCAACCAGCUGGCCUCGUUCUUUCAUCUGCAAAAGCAAAGCAGAAGCAGGCGCAAAGCUGCAGGUCUGGAUAAAUGAAGAGGGACCACCGAAAAGAGUGAGAUCCGACAAUGCCAAAGAGUUCAAGGAACCAGGUAGCACUUGGAAAAAGACAGCACAGAAACAGUCCCCGCCGAUUCAUACUGACUACUCAGCUCCAUACGAACCACAAGAAAAUGGAAAAGUUGAAAGAUACAAUCAAACUCACCAGAACGGAGUGAGGGCAAUGAUGGUCGGAGUCGAUAAGCGUAUGUGGAGUUAUGCAGCACGCACUUUCUCCCACAUAUUCGCCCGAACCCCUACAGCCAAAGGAGGCGAGUCGCCAUUUGAAAAACGCUUCAAAAGAAAACCUUCCAUCAAGUAUUUCCGACGUUUCGGAUGCUUGGUAUACGCGAAGGAUCACUCACAGAAGUCGAAGCUUGAAGACCGGUUUACCCGUGGAAUCUUUCUAGGCUACGCCCAAGAAAAUUCUACAUACCUGGUAGGCAUGUGGUCCGCAGAUGGUCGAUGUAAGAAAAGCUCCAAAAUCCGCUUCGGAGUCCACGAGGUGAAGUGUUGUAAGUUUGAUGAAUCAGUGCUGGUCAGCAAGAUAGAUGAUCUGAAGCCGGACGCUGACAAGUUGUUAAUUGAUUUUCCGAAUCCGGCGCGUCUGGGUGAUAGUUCGCAGCUCGUAGAGCCGAAUGUGCCCGCUGUAGAUCAUGAUCAAAGCAGUCGUGGUCAGGACGCUCCGAGGACCGAUCGUUCGAAAGAUGAAGAAGAUGCGGACAAACGCAGUUCGAAGGAAAAAGAAACCGUCGAAAACGACGAGGGCAAGAGUUUCGAAGGGGGUGAGCAACCUGAGGAAGGGGGCGAGGAAAAUCAAAACCCUAAUCAGGAUUGGCUCGAUUUGUUUUCAGAGGAGGCGCCUGAAAAAUCCCCGAAGCAGAAAAAGAAAGCUGAGAAUGGAAAUCGAAAAAGAAAGUCUAAUACAGUUGAUGCUGAUGAAAAAGAGAACGAGACACAAGAAGCGCCUAGGAUCCUCGUUGAAGGACCUACACGAAAGAAACAUCGCAAGAAGGGCCGAGGGCAUGACAAGAAAAAGCGCAAAGAACGCAACGACAAAGGCCAAAGUCGUGGCCCUCGAGCAAAGAAAAGGCAGAAAGUCAAUCUUGUGUCGUCAUCUGACCUUUUGAAAGAUCUACCGAUGGAAUUUGAAAAAGAAGCAGAAGCUAUAUUCCAGAUUCGUCAUGAAUUAGAGGAGGACGAAACUCCUUACCUCUUUGGCUUGCAGCACACUUGGGCCAAGUGUCUGGAAAGUCCUGACGCAAUCAAAUGGAUCGAGUCAGAUACGAAAGAACGCCUAGCGCUAGAAGAAGCAAAAACGUGGAGGCAUGCAACCGCAGAAGACAUCAAAGAGAUGGGUGAUAAGUUAGAGAAUAUCCCGACGGUAUGCAUCUACACGAAGAAGAGAGACGGACGCUACAAGUGUCGUCUCGUAGCACUAGGAAACAGGCAAAAGAUAUCUCUUCAAGGAGAAAUAUACAGCCCAACUGUGAGCCAUGCCGCUAACAGGUAUCUACUUGAUGAAGCAGCAGCACGCGGAUGGAAAGUUAGACAGUUCGAUAAUUCAAAUGCGUUUGAGCGUGCAGCUCUAGGUGACGAGAUCGAGUUAUGUCGCCUGCCCAAGCACAACAGCUGGAGCAAGAACAAAGAAAAAGGCGACGUUGUCAGGCUGUUAAAGUCGUUAUACGGUCUGAAGAUCAGCCCACGCCGCUGGUAUGACGAAUAUUCCGGCAGACUCAAGAAGUUAGGCUGGGUUGUAUCCGAACACGAACCAGGUUUGUUCAAGAAGUUUGCAAAAGACAAACAGGGAAAAGAGCAAGAGCUCUGGCUAGCAGUUUACGUAGAUGACAACAUUAUCUCAGGCGAAGAUGAUGACCUUGUCGCUGCAGAAAUGAAUGCAAUUUUAGCAGAGUUCCCAGGAAGAGAAAUUCUCGCAGAAUAUGACAAGGAAGGCAAUGAGAUCCGCGACCUUCUCGGCGCAAAGUUGACCUUCAACGCGAAAAAGAGAGUCAUGGAAAUCACUUGCGAAGACGCAACUGAUAAGCUGCUUGAGAAAUUUCACAUGAAGGACUGCCGCGCAGUAGUUUCCCCAUGUUUACCAAAUUCCCACGCAGACUUGGACUCGCCGUCGAAUUCCACAUUUCCGAUAAGAUCGCUAGUAGGCGGAAUGUUGUAUAUCAGUUGCGUUGCCCGGCCUGAUAUCGCAUUCGCAGUACAAAGAGUAGCGACGCAGGUAGCUAGUCCAACCGACCAAACGGUAAAAGAUGCUAAGCGUAUUCUGGCGUAUUUGAAAGGAACCAAAUCGCAAGGAUUGGAAUACAGCAAGCAGCAAGAGAAAAAGUUCAAAGAAAUCUACACAAAAGCCGCAGAGCUAGAAAACAAGGAAUACAGAGACACUAUUGCUUUCUGCGAUGCAGAUUUUGCAGGAUGUUCUGUAAGUUUUCGAUCCACGUCAGGAACAAUCCUAUAUCGACGCGGAGUUCCCAUCUGUUGGAAGUCGAAACGUCAAUCGAUUCGAGCUACGUCAACAAUGGAAGCCGAGUAUUGCGCGAUGUAUGACUGUGUAAGGAUGACUAUGGACCAAGGAUAUUUGAACUGGUUUUCAGAACAAGAGUCAGGAUCUCUACCGUUGAUCUUCAACGACAACAAGUCCGCGCUUGCGUUGAGUCAGACAACCGUAGCCACGAAAAGAUCCAAGCACAUGAGUCUUCGACUACACCUAGUACGAGACUACGUAAAAGACUUGUGCUAUGUAAACACGGAUAUCAAUCUAGCGGAUGGAUUGACAAAACCACUUCCAGGAGAGAAGUAUAUCCAAAUCUUCAAAGCUCCCGCACGAAAAGCUAAUGAAGUAUUUGCGAAAGCCCACUUUGUUGACUUCAAUAAUCUCUAGGAUUGAUUGAUGCGAAUUUCACACAAAGUCAUCUCAUCUGAUUCAUUUCGAUGAUUUAAUGUUCAUUCGGAAGGGGGAAUGUUAGGCAAGAUAUGAAAUCCACCAGGAUCAUAAGCCAAGCAAAUUCCCUACGACCUAAAUUGAAUGCUCAUUGAAAUCAGGCUCUAAAUUUGUCGUUCAAAUUUGGAUCCAAUGUGAAAUCAGCAUGUUCAUACAAAUGAACAAAAAUGAAGUUCAGUCUAAUCCCACGCUGUAAGCUAGUGAUGAUCAACGAUGGUUGAUCGGAUUUCUCAUAAAUUUAGGGUGAUUAGAACAAAUUUGAACUUUCAUGUUUUACCCCCUUGACUGAGACGGCAGAGUUUGUGUGUUGUUUGGAGCCCUAAACUUUUCCCCACAGGCUGCGACGAUAGUCACCAUAGAUUGAUUGCGACUAAGAAACACUGAAUCCCACCUAGAUUCUGCUUGACAUGCAAGAUGGCCAGUGUUCACACCGCCCGCGUUUCUUCGUCGUUGAUUGUCUUCACACCGUGAAAAUUCGGUUGACAAAAACCUAUGAAAACCGUUAACGUAAAACACUGUUUUGUUGGAUAGAGACGCCCCACUCCUUCACCGGCCGCAUGUGCGCGGGAAGUCGGUGGGAGGAGUCCGGCCGCCCGGAUAAGCUGUUCGAGGACCCGACCGCCUACGCGCUGGCCGGCAGUUCUGGCCGCCGCCAGCCGAUGGGGGCGUGGAUCUUGGUGCCCCGGACCAAGUUCGGCGACGACCUGCUCAUCGACCGGUACCACAACCAUAUCAAAUGCAAAAGUGUCUGGGUCUGGCGGAGUGCGCGAUUUGUCAUACAGCUUUUCCAUGACCCAUGAGGUCUGGAUCUGGAAUGCAGGUCCUAGCAUGACAGAUUCUGUGCGAUCUCUCUCAUGCAUAUUCUGCAUGAGAAACUCCCUCCCGACUUCUAACGCCACGGUAUUGGCAGAGGCUAAAUCUGUUCUAACGCCGCCCUGACAGGAGUCAAAGGUCAAAGCGAUACGAUACGACUUGGUCAAAACUGGACGACUUUUGGUAAUCAUGCAACACAGAUUUUUGCAUGCUUCAGAUUUAGCAUGACAAGUUGCGUUCUUCCAGACCCAGACAUUUUUACAUUUGAUAAACCACGGCGCGAGGCAGUUGGUGUUGCUCGGCGCGGGCAUGGACUCCCGGGCGUACCGCAUGGAGGGGCUGGAGGACUUGACCGUAUUUGAGGUGGACCAGCAGACCACCUUCGACGUGAAGGAACCCAUUCUGGAAAAACCGCAACUCGACGGGUACAGCGGGAACCCCGCGAAGGUGUGGCCGAUGCUGUUCAAGAAGCGGGAGGUGGUGGCGACGGAAUUUUCCGAGAAAAACAAGUGGGUCCAGGACCUCGUCAGCAAGGGUUUCGACAAAACCGUCCCGACCGUGUGGCUUUUGGAGGGGUUGAUGAUGUAUUUAUCCCCCAACGACGGCAAGGCGCUGAUGCGGCAGAUCGGCUCAUUGUCCGCCCCGAAGUCCGUCGUGUUCCACGACGGCUGCUCCCGGUCCUACCUCGCGCAGAAGAUCAUCGUGGGCGGCGCGCCGUUCAUCGGGGGGUCGGACACGUACGGGUCGGAGUGGACCAUGAUGGGAGGCUUCGACUCGGUCAAAGUGCACGACUUUUCGGAGGACCUGCAUGUCGACAGAAGAAACAAGCGACUCGUGUUGACCGCCGAGGGCCGGGCCACGCCGGACCGCUGCAAGGGGCGGCUGUUGGUGCUCUUUGUCGUCGCGGAAAAGACGAAAUGAAAAGGGUUUUUCUUUGAAAAUGUCGGCUUUUAUUUUGUUCGACCGGCGAGCGACGGCCACAACGACAACGAAUGUAUUUCAAAUUGCUCCUGAAUACUCGAUUUUCAAUGUUCUUUUGGGCUCUAGUUCUAUUCGCAUUGAUUGCUGUUUCCGAAAAACGCCGCGACGCUGUAGUUACCACUAUUGUCCCUAGGAAUGUACUUCUGCCUUAUCGACUUCCGAAGCCCAAAAACCAUUACUAUGUCCAGAUGCGUUUUUUGGCUCUAUCUUUUUUUCCCGACGUCUCAGACCUUGUCUUGACGUCUAGAUGACUUCUUUCAACUUAAUGUAGCCUUGAUUUAAAAAUACUUAUGCUAUCAGUAUGUAGAGCAGCCUAUCGCGACUAAAAUCAAUGCAACAUGCGCCAGGAUAGCCAGAAGGAAAAUGAACUUUCAAAAUUAUUGUUGCAAGCGAUGCCUGAGCAGUAGCGACCGAAGACAGCGAAUGGCAUUUAUUGACAACUUGAUAUUUGAGGUUUAGACGAACCCGAAAAUUUUCACGUGUGUGCAGAAUGCUGAAAAUGAAAAUGCUAAAGAUGAACCCUAACUAUUUGCGGCGAUUCUCUGAUCGCAAGGCUUUUCUCCACGGAAACGGGAGUCAAC